GCUGUCUCUCUCACACACACACACACACACACACACACAGGCAGGCAGCUGGCCCUACUGGAGCACUGCAGCAGAAGAGCAGAAGGAGACAAGGAGAGAAGAAACAGUGGGAACAGGAAAGGAAUAUUAGUUUGAAAGCGGUGUCUCUCGUGUGGAAUUGGAUAUGUCUUGGUCCUGGGCCGCCCUGCUCUUCGUCCUCUGGGCACUGCAUGCUUGCCCUCCUCUGGGGUCCGGGUUUAACCUGGAUGUGACCGAGACCAUUGCUAAGGAUGGGGAAAGGGGCAGUCUGUUUGGGUUUUCUGUGGCUCUUCACAAACAGCUGACUCCUGAGCCGAAGAGCUGGAUCCUGGUGGGGGCUCCGCAAGCCCGGGGUUUGCCUUCUCAGGGAGCCAAUCACACAGGGGCAUUGUAUCAGUGUCCAAUCACAGGGGAGGAAUGGGACUGCGAGCGAGUAGACAUUGAUGAAGAUGUGGACUUGGAAAGAGAAAGCAAAGAGAACCAGUGGCUUGGAGUGACUGUGAAGAGUCAGGGGGUCGGCGGCAAAGUUGUGGCAUGUGCUCACCUGUACGAGCUCCGGCAACGUUUCCGACAGCCCUCAGAGACACGUGACCCGAUUGGCCGAUGCUACGUGCUGAGCGAGGACCUGACGGUGCGUGAUGACCUUGAUGGAGGCGAGUGGAAGUUCUGUGAGGGGAGGCCGCAGGGACACGAGCAGUUUGGCUUCUGCCAGCAGGGCAUGGCUGCAGGCUUCACCCCCGACAACAGCUAUAUCCUCUUUGGAGCCCCUGGUACCUACCACUGGAAAGGAGAGCUACGUCUUCAGCUUGUGAAUCUGACCGGGCUGGACCGUGGUGUCUUUGACGAUGGACCCUAUGAGGUAGCAGAUGAGAAGCUUCAGGAUUCAAGACUGAUCCCUUUACAAUAUAACAGCUACCUGGGGCUCUUAUUCAUGGCCAGCCCUGUGGAGGAUGCCCUCGUUUACAGAACCCUGGACCCAUCUGAUCGCGGCACAAGCUUUGAGGAUGUAGCCCAGAAUAGCUACUUAGGUUUCUCGGUGGACUCUGCCCAUGGCAUUACAAGCCCCCAGGAGCUCAGCUUCGUGGCUGGUGCCCCCCGUGCAAACCACAGGGGGGCAGUAGUGCUGCUGAAGAAAGACAAUGUGUACCGCCUGGUGCCUGAACACAUCCUGUGGGGGAGUGAAGUGGCCUCUUCAUUCGGCUACUCUGUAGCUGUUGCCGACCUAAACAAUGAUGGUUGGACUGACCUGGUUGUGGGAGCACCAAAUGUCUUUGAUCGGAAGGCAGAGAUCGGAGGAGCUGUGUAUGUCUAUAUAAACCCCUCUGGCCUCUGGAAGCAUGCCAGUCCCGUGAGACUCAAUGGCACCUAUGACUCUAUGUUUGGACUAACUGUAGCAAGUGUGGGAGACCUCAACCAAGAUGGCUUUGCAGAUAUUGCCGUGGGAGCCCCAUUCGAUGGUGAUGGCAAGGUCUACAUCUACCACGGCAGUGCUUAUGGGAUCAACACCAAACCUGCACAGGUUCUGGACGGGGAAGGGGUGGGGGUGAAGCUCUUCGGGUACUCUCUCUCAGGGGGGAUGGAUAUCGACGGGAACUCCUACCCUGAUCUGGUGGUGGGGUCACUGUCUGACUCUGUCGUACUUUACAGGGCUCGUCCUGUCAUUCAUGUCUUGAGAGAAAUCUCAGUGCAGCCCCAAAACAUUGAUCUGGAGCAGAAGAACUGUCGCGGCCGGGAUGGCGUCUGUGUUGAAGUGAAGGCCUGCUUCAUAUAUACUGCACAGCCCAAGACAUACAACCCCCAAAUCACUCUCAGUGUGAUGUUUGAGGCAGACUCAGAACGCAGGAAGUUGGGUCUGCCACACCGAGUCAACUUCCUUGGGCGUAGAAGCUCAGAGCCAGAGUACCAGCGCUCUGAAGAGGUGGAGCUGAGAGGCCAGCAUGCCCGUGCAUGUCAGAGCGCUAUCUUUCAGCUGCAGGAUAGUCUACGUGACAAGCUUAGCCCAAUCUCUGUCUCAGCAAGUUACUCCAUCAAGCAGACACGACACUCAAAUCAGCCAACCAAUAAGCUAGGGGCGCUGUCUCCGGUGCUUAACGCUGCCCUGCCUAGUACCCUGCGCACUGAGGUGAACUUCCUGCGGGAGGGCUGUGGGGAUGAUAAGAUCUGUCAGAGUAACCUGCAGCUGAGCUAUCGCUUCGGAACUCGCGCCACGACUACUGACCUCUUCACACCACUAGCUGUUGAUAUGGAAGGCAUGCCUGUCUUCUCACUCAGUGACCAAAAGACUGUGGCUCUAGAGGUCACUGUCACCAACCUGCCCUCUGACCCCAGGCAAUCCCAGAAGGAUGGAGACGAUGCCCACGCUGCUCAACUGCUGGUGGGCGUGCCAGAGACACUGUCCUACAGCGGCUUCCGAGGACCCCAGGAUAAACAGCUAGUCUGUGCAGCAAAUCCGAAUGGAUCUUAUGCAGAAUGCGAGCUGGGGAAUCCAAUGAAGAGAAAUGCCAAGGUCACCUUCUAUAUAAUCCUGAGCACCUCCGCCAUCACCAUAGAAACCACUGACCUAACAGUCAAUCUGCAACUGCUCACGAUCAGUGAGCAGCCUGACCUGCAGCCGAUUGUGGCUCGAGCAAGAGUUGUGAUAGAGCUUCCCCUGUCUGUCACUGGGAUGGCUGUUCCUCAUCAACUCUUCUUCAGUGGGACAACAAAAGGGGAGAGCGCCAUGACAUCACAGGAAGAUGUGGGCAGUGCAGUGGAGUACAAAUUCACGGUUACCAACCCUGGUCAAUCCCUGCAGACUCUGGGCUCUGCUUUCCUCAAUGUCAUGUGGCCCCAUGAGCUGUCCAAUGGGAAAUGGCUUCUGUACCCAACUGGAAUGUAUUUCAAGGGGGACCGAAAUACCCACUGCUCCACCUCUCAGCCCCUCAACCCCCUGAGACUGACGGACUAUCACAAUCUACCUGGACAAACGGAUUAUCACAGCAGAAAGGGGCGGUCCAAUCAGGAGAAGAGCAGAAUACAGACACAGGGAAUUGUGGGUAGAACAACACCAGCAGUGUCCGCUUCAGAGAGGAGGAAGUUACUGACGCUGGACUGUUUACUUGGUUCAGCCCGCUGUAUCCUGUUCCAGUGCCCCCUACACAGCUUUGAUGGUUCAGCCGAGCUGACGGUCCAUGCCAGACUUUGGAACAGCACGUUUCUGGAGGAUUUCCCAUCAGUCAGUGCUCUGGAGCUGCUGGUCAGGGCCAACAUCACUGUAAAAUCCACAAUUAAACACCUAGAGCUGAGAAACGCUGCUGCACAGAUCUCAGUGAUGGUCUAUCCAGAGCAUGCUGUCUCAGAUCACACUGGAGUCCCCUGGUGGAUCAUUCUGAUUGCAAUCCUCGCUGGGAUUCUGAUGCUGGCUCUGCUCGUCUGCCUGCUCUGGAAGUGUGGGUUCUUCAAGCGUGCACAAUACACAGACACAGUCCCGCAGUACCAUGCAGUGAAGAUCCCUAAACAAGACAGACCUCAGUUCAAAGAUGAGAAGACGGGAACUUUACACAAGAAAGAGUGGGCGACACACUGGAGUGACCGAGAUGGGGCAUGAACAGUUACAAACACACACACUGGAGCAAGCAGACAACCAUGACACAAACACACACACUGGAGCAAGCAGACAACCAUGACACAAACACACACACUGGAGCAAGCAGACAACCAUGACACAAACAAACACACACACUGGAGCAAGCAGAAAGACCAUGACACAAACACACACACUGGAGCAAGCAGACAACCAUGACACAAACACACACACUGGAGCAAGCAGAAAGACCAUGACACAAACAAACACACACACUGGAGCAAGCAGAAAGACCAUGACACAAACACACACACUGGAGCAAGCAGAAAGACCAUGACACAAACACACACACUGGAGCAAGCAGAAAGACCAUGACACAAACACACACACUGGAGCAAGCAGAAAGACCAUGACACAAACACACACACUGGAGCAAGCAGAAAGACCAUGACACAAACACACACACUGGAGCAAGCAGAAAGACCAUGACACAAACACACACACUGGAGCAAGCAGAAAGACCAUGACACAAACACACACACUGGAGCAAGCAGAAAGACCAUGACACAAACACACACACUGGAGCAAGCAGACAACCAUGACACAAACACACACACUGGAGCAAGCAGAAAGACCAUGACACAAACACACACACUGGAGCAAGCAGUCAGUACAUGACACAAAUACACAGAUAUCACAAAUAACAGUAUGUACAGAAUAAUACAGAACAAUUGGACUGGCGGUUCUCCAUAUAUAUGCGGAAAUGUGUGACAACAGAUGAAAGGAUGGAGAGACACCCCAUAUAUCCCCAGAAUCUGAUACUCAAUUGAUGCUAAAUAAUGUUAAAACCAUGUUUCAUGACAACUGGAUUAGCACUUCUCCAGAUACAGAUCUAUUGAUAUCCAUGUAUAGGCUGGUAAGGUUCAGGUGGUGGUCUGAAAAUAUGCUUGGAUAACGUCGAUGCAACUACAGAUUUUGCUAUACCUGCCACUCUCAGCUUAUGUGUGGGUUUGUGACUGUGUGGACCCUCCUGUUGUAAAUGAGAAGCUUCUUCUCAACAAAGUUGAUCCUGGUGCAGUAUUUUUUAAUAAAAUACCUUUAUAAAAUAA